AUGGAACAAUUCGCUAGAUCGUCUAACAUCGAAAUACAAUGUCUACCAGAAAAUAAGGAAGAAAACAUAUUAAAUACCGUUGUUCAGAUAGGAAAAGUCAUAAAUUGUAAUAUUAACGAAAUCGAUAUCUCGCAAUAUAUAAGAAUUUCGAAACUUAAUCCUCAAAGCACCAGGACAAGAUCAGUUCUUGUAAGAUUUAAUAACCAACGUAUACGUGACUCCUUCAUUGCCAGUGCAAGUAAAUAUAACAAAGAAGGUAAGAGUAAGCUCAACACCAGCGUACUAGGAAUUGCAUGUGAUCCACCAAAAACGAUAUUUGUAGCAGAAUAUCUGAGGGCUAAUGACAAAGAACUGUAUGCUGCAGCAAGAGCUCGUGCAAAAGAACUAGGCUUCAGGUUUGUCUGGGUUAAAAAUGAAAAAAUAUUUGUGCGGAAAACAUAA